UGCCUUCACUUGUCCCCUAAAAUACUAACAGAUAAAAUGGCGUCCGAUAACAGCCCUGAAUACCGAGAUGAGAAAGCAGCUCUUAUAGAGACGAGCUCAGAACAAGAUGUAACGUUACAUCAGCAAUGUGGUACAGUUGCAAAACAAAGCGAAUCCAAAUUAACGCUUUAUCACUGGACGCAGUCUUUCAAUUCUCAGAAGGUGCGUCUGGCCAUAGCAGAGAAAGGUUUGCGCUGUGAGGAGUACAAUGUGAGCCUACCGCUCAGUGAACACAACGAGCCUUGGUUCAUGCGUCUGAAUCCCACUGGGGAGGUGCCGGUCCUGGUCCACAAUGACAACGUCAUCUGUGAUCCAACACAGAUCAUGGACUACCUGGAGCAGAAUUUUAAUGAGGGCACUCCCAAGCUGAUCCCUGAAGAGGGCAGUACAUACUAUCUCAGAGUGCAGCACUACAGGGAGCUGCUUGACUCACUACAGAUGGAUGCCUACACCCAUGGCUGCAUCCUCCACCCUGAGAUCACGGUGGAUUCCCACAUACCUGCAUAUGCUGCCACAUGUAUACGCACACAGAUCGGAAACACACAAACUGAGCUGAAGAAACUGGCAGAGCAGAACCCAGAGCUUAAAGAUGCUUAUGUAGCAAAACAGAGGCGCUUGAAAUCCAAGUUGUUUGACCAUGACAACAUGAAGUACUUGAAGAAGCUUCUGGAUGAAUUGGAGAGUGUGAUGGACCAGGUUGAGACAGAGCUACAGAGGAGGGUGGAAGAAACACCAGAAGAAGGCAGUCAGUCCUGGCUGUGUGGUGAGUUCUUCAGCAUGGCCGAUGUCUCUCUGGCAGUCACCUUACACCGCCUCAAGUUCCUCGGCCUCUCCCGCCGCUACUGGGGCAACGGUAACCGUGUGAACCUGGAAACAUACUAUGAGCGUGUGGUGGAGCGCCCAGCCUUUAGGAGAGUGCUGGGCCAUGUCAACAACAUCCUGAUCUCUGCUGUGCUUCCUGUGGCGUUUCGCGUGGCCAGGAAGAACGCACCGGUUAUUGUUGGCACCACUCUGUUGAUAGGUGUUCUAGGAGGAGCUACAUACCUUGCUUUUCUUUACAUGAAGAAGAGGCUGACUGUCCUCAGCUGAGGGAGUUUGAGUUGCUUUGGGACUGAAUUGGGGAUUGGGAGGUAGAUAAACACAGAAAAAUAUGAGAAAUGUCACCUACAUCAUAAUUUAAAUUGUGUAAAGUUAAAGUACGUAGAGGGAUUUUAUCAUCCAGCAGGCAUCAGUAAUAUGUAAUUGAAACAAACCUUAACUGUCUUGUUUUCUGUGUUGCUGGUUGCACAAAAUGCACUUUUAACCAUCCUCAAUAUAUGACUGCUGCAUUACAUGACAAAAGACUGACUUGAAGGACCAUACUGGUAUUUUUACAUAUUUUUGCCAUUUGUUAAAAAUCUAUGUUCUAUCUAUGUUACGGAAGCAGGUUUGAAUAAAUUAGAUGUCAAAAGAUGAAAUAAAAAUUGGCUGACUAUUUUUUAGCUGGGCAGUGUGUUUUUACAAUCCAUAUAAUAUCACAUGAAUGUAACAUUCCUCUCUGACAAAAUUGAAAAUACAUGUCCAAAAAUUUUGACUUUUGACUGUACACCAUGCAAUUGUAGCAUAACUUUGACACAAAUAUACAAAGUACAAAGUAAUGGACAACAAAUUUAAAAAUUCAAAAAAGGAGUAGUUUAUAAAGUCAUACUAACAUAAGGCAUACUUGAAUUAUAGUAAAUAGGCCAAAAUGUGGAAAAACACCAGUAUGGUCAGACAUCUUUAUGUUUACUUAAAUCACUAUUAAGAGCCUAUGUUUUGCCUAAUAUGUGCUCUGUCAUUUAUAUUUUCUUCGUCCAUAUUUGCAUGUUAGAAAUUAAAAAAUGUACACUAGAAGCCCACAGCCUGCUUUCUGUGACCAAGUCUGCCAGCAUUUAACAAACUGAUCUGCUCAGCAGUUCACAUACUGUGUGUCAAAACUACAACUGACAAAGGCUCUGUAGGAACUCCCUGUCAUCACGCCUGCGCUCAUGUCUUACUGUAUGACUGAUGGAUAAUUAUUUGAAGUAUUCUCUAUGCAGUUAAAUGAAUGCUUUUCCAAUCUCAUUUACAUCUUCUUCAGACCAUCAUAUCCAACAUCUGUCUGAAAUUAAACUGCUUGCAAACAA